AUGUCUGAAGAAAAGUCACAAAAAGUAGUAGUAGAUGUUUCCGAAUUGGUUCCUGGCGAUAUAAUUGGUCUCAGGCUUGGUGACAUUGUUCCAGCCGAUGCUCGUUUACUUGGUAUUUCUGUCACUGGUGGAGAAACUGAAGGUUAUCUCUCAAUAGAUCAAUCUGCUUUAACCGGUGAAUCCUUACCUAUUGAAAAAAAGAAGGGCGAUACUGUCUACUCCUCAUCAAUAGUUAAACAAGGUCAAAUGUUGGCUGUUGUAACAAAAACUGGCGCAGACACUUUUAUUGGCAGAGCUGCUAAUUUGAUUUCACUCACCGUCGAACAAGGUCAUUUCCAAAAAAUUGUCAGCGCUAUAGGAAAUUUCUUAAUAUUGAUCACGGUUAUUUUGGUUCUUAUAAUUCUUGUCUAUCAAUUGAUUGCCUUCAGAGGCACUGAAAAAGGUCAACCACUCACUGUAUUAGGUCAUAUUUUGGUUUUAACUAUUGCUGCUAUUCCUGUUGGUCUUCCUACUGUCUUGUCUGUAACUAUGGCUGUUGGCGCAAAACAAUUAGCUGCUAAAAAAGUCAUUGUUAAACGUCUUACCGCUGUUGAAGAAAUGGCUUCUAUUUCAGUCCUUUGUUCUGACAAAACUGGUACUUUGACUCUCAAUGAGUUGACUUUCGAUCAACCUUACCUUUGUCCCGGUUACACAAAAGAUGAUAUUCUAUUAUAUUCCUAUUUAUCUGCCGAACCUGGUGCGAAUGAUCCUAUUGAAUCUGCUGUUCGUUCUGCUGCCGAAAGUCAAUUGGAUAUAUUACAGAACAGAACAAACAAGAAUGAAGUGCCUGGUUACAAAGUUACCGCCUUCAUACCUUUCAAUCCAACAACAAAAAUGACCAAUGCCACCGUUGCAAAUCUGAAUACAAAAGAAGUAUUCAAAGUUGCAAAAGGUGCACCUCCAGUUAUUAUUAAAUUAGUUGGUGGUAAUGAUGAUGCUGUAAAUGCUGUCAAUGAUUUAGCUGUACGUGGUCUACGUGCUCUUGGUGUGGCUCGUACUAAACCUGGAAAUUUGAAUGAGUAUGAAUUGAUUGGUAUGAUAUCUCUAUUAGAUCCCCCUAGACCUGACUCUGCUGAAACAAUCAGACGUUGUAAAGGAUAUGGUGUGGAAGUUAAGAUGAUUACCGGUGAUCAAUUGAUCAUUGCAAAAGAAGUCGCUCAUAGACUUGGUAUGAAUCGUGUCAUCUUGGAUGCUAAUCAUCUUAUAGAUCCAGACAAGUCUGAAGAAGAAAUCACUAAACAUUGUGAAAGAGCUGAUGGUUUUGCUCAAGUCAUACCCGAACAUAAAUAUCGUGUGGUUGAACUUUUACAAAAACGUGGUCUACUUGUUGGUAUGACCGGUGAUGGUGUAAAUGAUGCACCAGCAUUGAAGAAAGCAGAUGUUGGUAUCGCUGUACAUGGCUGUACUGAUGCUGCUAGAUCAGCUGCAGAUAUUGUGUUAUUAGCUCCUGGUCUUUCCACAAUUGUUGAUGGUAUCACAACAUCACGUGCCAUAUUUCAACGUAUGAGAUCUUAUGCUUUAUAUCGUAUCACUUCCACUGUUCAUUUCUUGCUCUUUUUCUUCUUCAUCACACUGAUAGAGGAUUGGGCAAUGAGUGCAACCCUUUUAAUUCUUAUAGCUUUGUUAAAUGAUGCUGCCACUUUAGUGAUAGCUGUAGAUAAUGUAAAAAUUUCAUCAAGUCCUGAUAAAUGGAGACUUGGACAAUUGAUUACCUUGUCACUGGUAUUAGGUGUACUUUUAACAAUUCUUUCAUUUGGACAUUACUAUAUUGCACGUUAUGUUUUUGGAAUUGGGCUGGAUGUAGCCGAAUUACAGAAUAUCAUGUAUCUACACAUUUCAUCAGCUCCACAUUUUGUCAUUUUCUCGACUAGAUUAUCAGGGUACUUUUGGGAAAAUUUACCAUCACCAACUUUUUUUAUAGCUGUAAUGGGUACUCAAGUGUUUGCUAUGUUCAUUUCAAUUUAUGGUGCUUUCACUGAUGGUGGUGGUAUUGGAUGGGCAUGGGGCCUUAGUAUCAUAGCAAUUUCAUUGGUAUACUUUGUAUUUUUAGAUUUUGUUAAAGUUGCUAUAUUUAAAUAUUGGUCAUUCGAAUUAACAGCAAGAUUAUGGCCAUCAAAAUCUCGUAAAACCAAAUUACGUAGUCGCAAAUUAGAUGCUUCAUAUCAAAUCAGGAUUUCUCGAACUGUUGCAAAAAUACGUAAAGUUGUUAUAAUUUGUAAGGUAUUAUUGGCUUUUGAACAUGCAAAGAAAUCAAGCAGAAAGAAAGCUAUUGCUGGACCAUCAGUUUAA